AUGUUUAUAUUCAAUGAAAAUCUCUUACGUGUCCGUAGAAAACGUUUUCUAUACCAUUAUUGUCCACUAUUUCUCGCAAUUGCGUAUCCAACAUUUCUUUACUUAGGUCUUGUUGUCAUUCAUCCAUGUGAUGGUACUCAAUGGGAUUAUGCAUCCAUCUUGUGCGGUCUAAGUAAUUGUUAUCUUGAAAAUAGUUAUCUGUUAGCGAUACUGGACUGGGCGUUAGACAAUGGAGUGCGACUACUAGUUAUUCUUGUACUUAUCCUGCGAGUUGUUUAUAAAAAACGUCGUUUACAACAAUCUGUAUCGUGA